AUGGCUGCGGAGACCAUGAAGAACGUCAACGCAGACCCAGAGAUGGCGAAAUCAAACGAGGAACUGAAACAAGAUGAAGAAGAAGUUUCUCCAAUUGAGGAAGUGAGACUCACUGUAUCCAACGUGGACGACCCAACCCAGCCCGUUUGGACCUUCCGAAUGUGGUUCCUGGGGCUUAUCUCUUGCUGCCUCCUCUCCUUCCUGAACCAGUUCUUCGCCUACAGGGCGGAGCCUCUCGUCAUUACGCAGAUCACGGUGCAGGUGGCCACACUGCCGAUAGGGCGAUUCAUGGCCAGAGUCCUCCCCACCACGAAGUUCGGGAUAGGGUCAAAGAAAUUCUCGUUGAAUCCGGGACCUUUCAACAUGAAGGAGCACGUGCUGAUUACCAUAUUUGCGAACGCCGGCACCGCCUUCGGGUCGGGGUCGCCGUACGCGGUGGGGAUCGUGAACAUCAUCAAGGCGUUCUACGGAAGGUCGAUAUCGUUCUUGGUUGCAUGGCUGCUGAUCAUCACUACUCAGGUGUUAGGAUACGGGUGGGCAGGAUUGCUGAGGAAGUACGUGGUGGAGCCAGCUCAUAUGUGGUGGCCCGGCAACCUUGUCCAAGUCUCUCUUUUCCGAGCUCUGCAUGAGAAAGAAGAUGGGAACAGAACUUCAAGGGCAAAGUUCUUCUUCAUUGCUCUACUCUGUAGCUUCUUAUGGGCCGCGGUCCCUGGAUACUUGUUCCAGACCCUCACAAGCAUUUCAUGGCUCUGCUGGGUGUUCUCCAAGUCAGUCACAGCUCAACAGAUAGGCUCAGGCAUGAACGGUUUGGGCUUGGGAGCCCUCACUCUCGAUUGGUCCGCCGUUGCCUCCUUCUUGUUCAGCCCUCUCGUUUCACCAUUCUUCGCCAUUGUCAACGUCUUUGUGGGCUAUGCAUUAAUAGUCUAUGCCGUCAUCCCUAUUGCUUAUUGGGGCUUCAACGUGUAUGGUGCAAAUAAGUUCCCCAUUUUCUCCUCCUCCUUGUUCACAGCACAGGGCCAAGAAUACGAUAUACGCUCCAUUGUAAAUAACAAAUUUGAAUUGGAUGUUGCAAAGUAUCUCAAGACGGGUCCAAUUCAUCUUAGCGUCUUCUUUUCUCUUACUUACGGUUUUGGAUUUGCCACCAUUGCCGCCACCCUUACCCAUGUCAUUUGCUUCUACGGAACGGAGAUCAUGGAGCGGUAUCGUGCUUCAAGCAAGGGCAAAGAAGAUAUCCACACGAAACUGAUGAAGAAAUACAAAGACAUACCAUCUUGGUGGUUUUAUGUGAUGCUGUUUGUAACGCUUGUGGCUUCUCUCUUACUAUGCCAAAUACAGGCUAGGCUGCAAGCCCCUAGCAGCCCCAAGGCGCCGCCUCCAGCAGCAUUGACGGCCUGCGGGAACGGCCAGAUCUCCGCCAAGCUAAACGGCACCGCUAAUAAUCCACGUGUUGAUUAUGAUUAUGAUGACGAUAAUAAUGACCCCAAAUGCCAUUAA